UCUGUUUCUUAUCGAUCUACUUAAAAGAAGUCCUUCAGAAGCAUUUUUAUUUCUCAUCUUGAAGUAAGAGCUGCGAUACGAUAAUGUCUUGACGAGAUCAGUCAUCUGGCUACUACCAAGUCAAACCCGCAGGACCAUACGAGAUGCCAAUCGAUUCACAAGCCAAGAGAACCUGCAUUAAACAAACAAGCGGCUCAAACGCAACUUCAUGACAAAGCAGACCCUCAGUACGAACCUCUAUAUAACGACCACCAGUAUCACACACUUGCGCUUCAAGACCGAACAAAUACAAAAAAUAAAAGCAAUGUAUCAAGUCGGGAAAAUCUCGGAUUUGCUCAGGCUUUUGCCGCACAACCAUCGGCGAUCAGUCGUCAAAGCCUCGAGAAGGAAAAGCAUGGUAAUGAAAUAAAAAAGUGGAAGGCUCGGGAAGUCGAUUUGAAUCGGUCAGGAUACCUGUCAGAUGUGUUAUUAUUACGACAUUAGUCAUCAGUGUCGUAUCUAUGCUGGUUGCGCUUUUGGUCGCUACAGGCACUGUAUCAGGGAGACAGUGUUCGUGUGAAGUCACAGAAGAUAAACUACAUUUUAAAAAUAUUCAAGCAUUCACUGGAGAGGGAGAGAAAGAAUAUGAAGUCAUGGCAACAAGAGGAAUAGAUAUGUAUUCCGUGGACGACCUAUCGUUCAGCCACAUCAACCCCGCGUAUGAGAACUCAGAUGAUGUCCCGCAAAUGCUUCUUGGACACCUUUACGAGGACCCCACAAAAUUGAGCGAGUACUACGCGCGAAUUCAGCGCUAUCCUACAUCGACCCCGCGAGGUCCGCGCAAAAAGACCAGCGAGAUAUACGAACCAACAGGUCCCCUAGGGUUACGCACUGCUAGGAUACUCGGUAACACGGGCAGCGACACCACCACAGAGACUUCCUCGAGUAUAACUCCGCAUACUGAACCCUGUUUAAACCGACUGGUGCUGUUUUUGAUACUUGUGGUAUCAAUAACUGCGCUAGUUCUUGUAGUUUUGCUUAUUUUUGGGAAGAUUGGAGCAAGUUGUGGAUCAUGUUCACAAAAAGAGUUGCAAAAAUCAUCAGGAAGUGCUUCACAAGAAGGAAUGCCGUCAGUUUCACUCGAGCCUUUACAACGCGAUAUGGCGAGGAUGAAUAAUUCGAUUUUUUCGCUACAGCAGCAACUGGCUGCUAAGGAAAGCAACAUUUCGUUACUGACACGAGAGUUGGCUUCUCUUCGAAAAGAACUGCACACCACUCGCCAGUUUAUUAAUAGCACGAAUUCCAAGACUCUGGAAGAACAUCAGAAGACACGGGCAGACUUAGCGAGAUUAUGGGCUCAUUCCCAGGAAUUGUGGAAUCAGGCAAAUGAGACAGUGUCUUCUAUAAGUACAGUAAAGGAAAAAAUAACACAAUUAGACGAAAAGUUAUCUGAAUAUACAAACAGGACAAUGGAAAGAAUUGACCAGAUAAAAGCAGAUAUGACAGCCGGUCACUCUCAGAUAGGGCAAGAUUUGAUUGAUAUCCGGUCUGAGUUAAACCAAACAAUGGAACACAUUCACGUGGUCUCUGUUCAGCUGAACAGAACAGCAAAUAUUCUGGAAACAGCUGAUGAAUCGUUGAGUAGUUUACUGCUAAAAGUAAAUGCCUCACUUUCUCAAAAGCUCGAUUAUGUUUCUAAAAUGGAGGGCCCAAUGGGGCCCCGAGGAUACAAUGGCUCAAUAGGGCCACAGGGGCUCGCAGGAGCCGAGGGACACAACGGCACCCAGGGUAUUCAAGGCCCAAUGGGCGUCAACGGGUCAGCCGGUGUCCCUGGCCCUCCCGGGGCGGGUAACCUGGCCCUCUGCCAGUACAGUAUGGACGAAGGGACCAAGGUCACCUCGGGGGCGUCGGCACACGCUGUGGUGUCUAGAGUGGAGGGGUCGAAUGAAAGAUUUAUGGGCGUUUACUGCAGCACCGACCGAGCGGCCCUGGUUCGGCUCGAGACUACUUUAAACAAUGGACUUCGGGUAUUCGUGUGUCAGUGUUACGGGGACUCGACAUACAGCUCACUCUCUAGUACUACCAAGUGCUUUAUACACUACUGGCACUGCCCGAGGACAUCGUGACGUCACAUCCUGUCAUCAUCAUGGCGUCACAUCCUGUCAUCAUCAUCACGUGACCUCCUGUCAUACUACUCACUACUAUGUAAUACUACCUGAGUGCUUCAUACACCAAUGGCCUAGAAUGGCACUGUAUCACAUGCCGUCAUGAUGACGUCACAUCCUGUCAUUAUUAUGACGUCGCAUCCUGUCAUUAUUAUGAUGUCGCAUCCUGUCAUCAUUAUGACGUCGCAUCCUGUCAUCAUUAUGACGUCCAUCCUGUCAUCAUUAUGACGUCGCAUCUUGUCAUCAUUUUGACGUCGCAUCCUGUCAUCAUUAUGACGUCGCAUCCUGUCAUCAUUAUGACGUCGCAUCCUGUCAUCAUUAUGACGUCGCAUCCUGUCAUCAUUAUGAUGUUAAAUCAUGUCAUCAUUAUGACGUCGCAUCCUUUUAUCAAUAUGACGUCACAUCCAGACAUCAUUAUGACGUCACAUCCUUUCAUCAUUAUGAAGUCGCAUCCUGUCAUCAUUAUGAUGUUAAAUCAUGUCCUCCUCCUAGGUGGCGUCAUAUGUGCAAUUUCUACUCAUUGCAUCCUUGGAUCUAUAAGAGAUGGAGAUUUCUGCAAUAAAGAGCCGGCCGUUUCUCGUUUAUUUCUUUUCUCUCAUAACUAAAAUUUUUUUUAAUUUUUUAAACAUAUUAAAUUGUUUUGUAACGAAACCGGAAAAAGGAGAAAGGCAAACGUUAUGAUAAGAUUCCUAAGGGGACAGGAAAAAAAGCCAAGGAAAAGCAAUAUUUUUGUUCUUAAUUCUCAGAAACGCUUCCAGUAAAUUAUCGAGAAAUAGAACUGACAUAUACUAUUUGUAUAACAAAUGAAUGACGCAUGUAUAACUAGAUGUAUUUAUUUUGUAAACCACUAAAAUUCCGCAUUAAGACCGGGAAGUUUUUAGAUGACGCCGUUAUGAUACAAGGGUAAUUUAAAGUUGAAUUCCCAGAAAUGUAAAUCACUUUCAUAAUUAAAACGUUAUGAUUA